CGCUUCUCCAAUCCGCUCUCACUCGUUCUCUUUCCCGCUCCAGUGUGCUCGCUGAUGCCGCAGCUCCAGUAGCCGCACUCUCUCUCUGAUAUAAACACACAGCACAGUCAUGGCGACAAUGACGGUCCAACCGAUCACCCUGGAGCGUGAUGUUGCCAGGGCAAUUGAACUGCUGGAAAAAUUACAGGAGUCAGGCGAUGUCCCAGGUCACAAGCUGCAGUCCCUGAAGAAGGUUCUACAGAGUGAGUUCUGCACGGCCAUUAGAGAGGUCUAUCAAUAUAUGCAUGAAACGAUAACGGUGAAUGGCUGUCCGGAGUAUCAAGCACGUGCCACGGCUAAGGCCACAGUGGCAGCGUUUGCAGCCAGCGAGGGUCAUUCUCACCCAAGAGUGGUGGAGUUGCCCAAGACAGACGAGGGGCUGGGCUUCAAUGUGAUGGGCGGAAAAGAGCAGAACUCUCCAAUCUACAUUUCCCGUAUCAUCCCUGGGGGCGUGGCCGAGAGGCACGGAGGCCUAAAGAGAGGUGAUCAGCUCCUGUCUGUCAACGGAGUGAGUGUGGAGGGCGAACACCAUGAGAAGGCCGUGGAGCUGCUGAAAGCAGCUAAGGACAGUGUCAAACUGGUGGUGCGCUACACCCCUAAAGUCCUGGAGGAGAUGGAGGCGCGGUUUGAGAAGCUCCGCACUGCCCGCAGACGGCAACAACAGCAGCUCCUCAUACAGCAACAGCAGCAGCAGAACCUGGCCUCUCAGCAGAACCACAUGUCGUAGGCUGUUCCAAAAGAAGAAGUAGAGGACACUGAGUGCGAGCUACUCGAUAUCACAUUCACAGUGAUGUAAGGAGGCCCAAGAGAUCGGAAGAGGACCCUUACUGUUCCGCAGUAAAGACUGUCCUCUUUCAGUGUACUACCUACUCAAAAAGGUCGAAAACUCCAUGAUAGGUGUCCCAAAUUGGUGCUUGGAAAAAUGUACAUGAUGGCAGAGAGGAGGCGAGCACCGAGUACACGGUUCUGCAUUUAUUGUUCAUAUUUCAAUUGUCUGGAACUAGUCGCAAGUUGAGUCCCUCUUGUAGUUUUGUGAAAACGUGUUUUCUCGACAUAUAUUUGUAAUGCAUUUGACUUUGUUUUUAUCAAUGUUAUAUUUUCGUUGUCACUGCUUUGUACAGUAACCUUUUGAGGGAUUCUUUUGGUGCUCGUGUCUGUGAAUAGAAAGCGCUUUUAUGUCCUUGAAUGGAUAACUUUAAGGUAUUUUAUACCAUAUUGUAGCAAGACAUUUUUUGACAAGAAAGUAGAUUUAGCAAUAACACACUUGUUUUGUCAUUCUAUUGUCAAAUAAUGGGUAAAAGAUGUUUUUAUGAUGGUAAAGUUAUUACUAAACUGUAUCUUAUGACCCAUGUGACGUAAGUCUCACAACAUCAUGAACAUCAUUUGCACAGAAUGUUUUUGUUAGAUCACUGUAUCGCCAUUGACGGAGAUUAUUUUGUGCAUUUGGCAUAAGUAUGGCAGGUAUAUUUGAAAGGUCAUUCAUCGAUGACAGUUUCAAUGCAGUUUUACGGUUGUGAUGUCACUACUGAAAUUAAAAUCUAAUUCAGAAAGAUUCUAUUUAAGACCAUUUUUUAUAUACGAGGACAAAAAGAAUGUCAAACAGAUAUAUGAUCAACAAAUGAAGGAAAAUCAUAACAUAGUAUUUUAUUAUUUUAAAGUUAUAUUUUCAAGUUUAUCUCAGAAGUUUCAAAUAAUAUUAAUUGUGCUGUUCUGUAUAUUUUAUGGCAUUAUAUUUAACUUAACCGACCACCUCAUUUACUGGAAACAUUGUUACAUUCUCCUGUUUUGACAAUCAACUUAUGAUGUAAGCAUUAAUUUACUGCAUUAUUCUCUUUUAUUUCAUAAAGUGACAUUUUGAUUGCAUUUCAACCUUUUUCCCUCAACAUAAGCUGACAAAAUCAGGCAACAUGUCUAUCCAUUGCAAUGCUUUAGUUGUACUGUUUAGAAGCAAAUCUGUAAAUCGUCAAGUAGUUGAUGACCACCAGUAAUCAAAGGUAAUAUUGUAUAUGUGUUAUUAUAAUUUAAUUCUAAUUUUUCCUGCAAAGGACUUUGGUAGAUACUUGAAUUGAUUCCUUUGAUGGUUGGUUUUUGAGUAACCUCCGACUGUGGGUAACCUUUAAAUGUUUCAUCCUAAUAGACAAAACCACGCAAAGCUGUGAAAGUGAUUUGUUCCUUGAUUCUCAAUUGAUUCAUUCAUUUCAACUGAUUCUCUUCCCUUUUAUAUGUUUACUUACAGACUUGCUUAUUAAAGACUUGCAUUUUUGAGACUGGACAAGCUGAUCUUAUGACAGCGGGAAAAAAACUACCAAGUGAUAUGCAAUUGUUAUACAUAUUAUAUUUGUAUAAAUAAAUAUAUGUGCGUG